CCUUCCUUGGGGGUCUCCAUUUCUAAUCACGCACUGCUCUUUGUGAUCUUGGGCCUUGUGGGUCCUUAUUUUACGACUGGCAGCUUCAGUCCUGUUUCCCUCCUGGCUGAUCCCCAAUUUGUCCGUGCCUGGAUGGGUGGUGUUGGCAAUUGCAAAGUAGGCGGCAACUAUGGCCCCACCAUAUAUGUGCAAGGAGAGGCUGCCAAACUGGGUUGCCAGCAGGUUUUGUGGCUGUAUGGAGACGACCACCAAAUCACUGAAGUUGGGACCAUGAACAUUUUCUUGUUUUGGAAGGACCAAGAGGGAGAUAUGGAGCUGGUCACCCCUCCGCUUAAUGGAAUCAUUUUACCUGGUGUGAUCUGACAAAGCCUUCUUGAUUUGGCCCGCAAAUGGGGGGAAUUCAAGGUUUCAGAGAGAGUCAUCACCAUGUCUGACCUGAUUAAAGGCUUGGAAGAGAAAAGGCUGAAGGAAAUAUUUGGCUCAGGCACGGCCUGUGUGGUAUGUCCCGUGGACAGAAUUCUCUAUCAGGGCAAGAAUUAUCAUAUUCCCACAAUGGAAAAUGGACCUGAGAUUGCAAAACGGUUUCUGAAGGAGCUGACAGAUAUUCAGUACAAAGACACUGGAGGAGACUGCUUCUAUGGACAGCCCUGGAAGUCCCACGGAAGCCUGCGCAGCACGAGGCAUUGA